UCAUGCUUUGGGAGGAAUUUUAGAAAAACACAGAAAAAUGCAAAUGCAGAGGUGUUAUUGCUGUGAUUUUAGUCAGGCAGCAGGUGGGACACUACCCAGUUCUCUAGUCUGAAAGCACAGUUGGAUCCAAGCUGACACUUUGCAAGUAGAAGGAGUCAAAUUUGAUGUGGUUGAUAUGGUCACAGCACCUUAGAGAACGCAGAUGUAAGGAAAAUUGCAUCUCAAAGGGGAGAAGAAUUUAAAAUUUUCUCAAGGACUUGGUGGGGAGUGCUAAUUAGGGGAAAGCAUAGCAGAUGGUACAAAUGGAUGUCAAGGUGCAGAGGCUAGGAUGCCUCCUGCGAUGCUCACAGUCCAGACUUUACAGUGCAAGACUGAGAUAUGCAUCUGCGUUUCCUGCUACCUAACAUUCCAGCAGACAUUAGCUGAUGGCUAAAGUACUUUGGUCCUUACUGCCCAUAUGGGAGACCAAGAUUGGGCUCUAGUUUCUGUCUUUAGCCUAGCUCAGGCCUAGCUUCUGUGGGCAUUUGAAAGAGUAAUGGGUGGAAACCUCUCUCUCUCUCUCUCUCUCUCUCUCUCUCUCCCUCUCUCUCUUUCUCUCUCUCUCUAUCUUCCUGCAUCUCUGUCUCUGCCUUUAAAUUAAUACAAAUAAAUAAUCUUUACAUGUGGAACAUAUACAAAUUCCUUUUCAGCCACAAAAAACAAUGAAAUUCAGUCACUUAGAACAACGUGGGUUAGCCCUGUGGACAUUACAAUAAUUUAAAUUAGCCAAGCACAGAAAGAAAAAUACUACAUGAUGUCAGGCAUAAGUAAUCUCUUACAAAGUUGAUCUCACAGAAGUGGGACAGUGGAAUAGUGGUUAGCAAAAGCCAGGGAGUACAAGUGGGAGGGGAAGAUGGGCAGAGGUUGGUCAGUGGGUACAAACUCUCCAACACAUGAGAGGACUGCAUUCUGGCAUCUACAGCACAGUAUGUAACUACAGUUAACAAUAAUAAUGUACUGGAUAUUUCCAAGAUAGAGGAAUUUUGCUUGUUCCCAGCUCAAAGAAAGUGUAAGUGUUGAAAGAGAUGGAUACUCUAAAUUACCCUUAUUUGAUCAUGGCCCAAUGUACACAUGCAUCCAAACGUCACACUGAACUCUUUAACCUGUGUGUCCAUUAAAAUAAGAUAAGUGUUUCUCUUCUAGUUAACAAACAUUCUAUAAUGACUAACUAAGGACAGCUCUUACGAUGCGAUGUAACUAAUAAUGUUUAAGAUAAGAGAAAGGACCGGUUCUCCCUAUUUUUAAAGAGGGCAACAAAAACUUUCUGGAGAUGUCAGCAGCUAUAGGGGCAUCAUCAAGGUAAGUUCUGUCUUGGAUUCCAGGGCAAACUUCAACCUGACAAAGGGAAGCUGCUGGGAGGUAGCAAAGUUCACAGAGAAGGAAUCAGGAGAGCUGGGUUCACCUGACCACUGACCUGGCCUCCUGGGGACACAGAAACAGCAGGACAAUUUCAUUCUUCUCAGACCAGCAUCUCCACAGGGAGAUCAGGUGCUUAGAGGUUGGAACCCCAAGGGGGAGUUGUGCCUAAUGAGCAGAGACAGGGAGCUGUAAGUUCACCCUCUGCUGCCAUCCCUCACAGUGUGCAAUACUGGGCUGCAAGGGACAGGCUGAUUUUUUUGAAGUCUUCAUCAGACUCAGGGACUAAUGAUUCACUUAUUUCUGCUGUCUGUGUGUGACUGAGCUUCAGUCUCCAUCAUCAGCCAUCCAGGGAGGAAUCACAACUCCACGUGGAGACCCUCACCUCAGAAAACCCAACCAGGUGAGUACUGCAGAGAAGGAUCAGGGAACAUGGAAGCUGAGAACAUUUACCUGAGGCCACCUGAUGGCUACCCCAGGCUAUUUCAGAUAAAACAAUCACGUUGUUAGUUUCCUUUUUGAUUAAUUAGUUUUUGUAUUUAUCUGUGAUGUGAAAAUGAACAGAAUUGUACAUUUAAACCAACACAGGACUCAUUGCUUUCAAUUAAAUGAUUGCAGUGGAAACCUGAGCAGGGAUUGAGAGGCAGAAAGUGGUUUCACUAAAAGUAGAACAUGGAUCCAAUUAAGAGGAGGAGAAAAAUACAGUGGUAAUGGAGGAGAGAUCCACAGACAAGGGGGGAUAUUUAUUGUUUAUUAUUGUUCAUUUCCAUUCUGUUUAGAGAGAGGCAGAUACAGAAAGACAUAAGGAGAGACAUCUCCCACGUGCUGGUUCAUGUUUCAAGUGCAUGGAACCCAACUAAUUGGAUAACUACCUGCUGCCUCUCAGGGAAGAGGUGGGACAGGAACCAUGGCAGAACCUAGUAGAAACCCUACUCACAGAUGCUAAGAGGCAGUCCUCUAAACAGACCCAGAACCUUGCACAAAACACAGAAAUCUAUUCUCCGGCUGCUAAAUAUAGACUGUAGCAUACAUUUGUAAGAGGAAGGAUUCUGCGUAUUAAAUGUUGUCUUGCUAUUUUUUGCUAAGCUGGUGGUCAUCAUAACCAAAUGAAACAAAGCAAUGGAACACAGCUGUCAGAAUUCCUUCUCCUGGGAUUCUCAGAGGACCCAGCACUGCAGCCCUUCAUAUGUGGGCUCUUCCUCUCCAUGUACCUGGUCACUGUGGCUGGCAACCUGCUCAUCGUCCUGGCCAUCCUCUCAGACCCCCACCUCCACACACCCAUGUACUUCUUCCUCUCCAACCUGUCCUUGGUGGACGUCUGCUUCACCUCCACCACCAUCCCCAAGAUGCUGGUGAACAUCCAGACGCAGAGCCAAGCCAUCAGCUACGCAGGCUGCAUCACACAGAUGUUCUUCUUCAUGCUAUUUGCAGAGAUGGACAACUUUAUCCUGGCUGUGAUGGCCUAUGACAGGUUUGUGGCCAUCUGUCACCCUCUGUACUACAUGGUCAUCAUGAAUCCCCAGCUCUGUGUGCAGCUGGUUUUGGUGUGUUGGGUCAUCAGUGUCCUGCAUGCCUUGUUGCACAGCCUACUGGUGCUGCAGCUGUCCUUCUGUGCACCCCUGGAAAUCCCCCAUUUCUUCUGUGAACUGAAUCAGGUGAUCCACAGUGCCUGCUCUGACACGUUUCUUAAUGAUGUGGUCAUGUAUUUUACAGUUACGCUGUUGGGUGGGGGUCCACUGGCAGGGAUCCUUUACUCCUACUCUAAGAUCGUCUCCUCCAUCCAUGCCAUCUCCUCUGCUCAGGGGAAGAAUAAAGCAUUUUCCACCUGUGCCUCUCACCUCUCUGCUAUCUGCUUAUUUUAUUGCACAGGACUCGCUGUGUACUUUAGUUAUCCUAUUACCCAAAACCCACAGUCAAAUGCAAGGGCUUCAGUGAUGUACACAGUGGUCACCCCCAUGCUGAACCCCUUCAUCUACAGCCUGAAGAAUGAAGACAUAAAGAGGGCCCUGAAGAAGUCUCUAGGAGAGAAAUCAUAAAUGUGCAAUUGUCUUGGGGCUGAACAAGAGCCAAGGAUUUCAGGGAUCAAAGCCUCAGCGUUGGAAAUUCCUGCUGUUAGAUCUGAUUGUGAAAGUAGAAUUUCCUCCUCUGUUUAUGUGCUGGACUCUCUAUCAUAUUGAUUUCAACCUCUCUGUGCAUUUUAAACAACUCACAUAGAAAGUCAUCAGGGGUCCUCAGUAUCCCACAGGUUUUCCCUUAGGUGUUUUCUUAUCCUCGAACAUUGCAUUAGAAGUAUUUUCAUAUUCCCAUUUGUCUCAUGGAAUAGUAAGGAUGUCUUAGGAGUAAUUUUUUCCUACCUGAUAUACAUUGUACUGAGUAGCAUUUCUUUGGUUUUAUGGGAAAAAAUUCAUGUGUGUUACUCCUACUGAGAGCCUACACAUGGCAACUCAGCUCACCUACCUAGUUUAUAGAUCAUGAAAAGCUGAUGCCACAG